GGGAUGUGCUUUACCAUUUUCAAAUGUCAACUAAUUGCCCCAAGUCUAGUAUAGUAUCCAAUUUGGAUUAGAAUUCAGAACCCUUCCAUUUCGUACUAUAUAUACAUUUUCACCAUUCCCUUUCAUCGCACAAAAUCAACCCUACGAUAUUGUUCUCGUUCUUCAUUUCCUCAACUUUAUAAUCACUCAACUCUACCAAAGCAAGACAACCCAAAACCCACACUCCCAAAACGAUGUCGUCUUCGGAGUCCCAAGACGCUGCCGCUUCGUCCGAGGCGCAGCUCAGCAAGAAGGCUGCCAAGAAGGAGGCCGCCAAGCAGGACAAGCUCCGCCGCCGCCAGGAGAUUGCCUCCGCCGCCGCCGCCACCGCCGGUCUCUCCGUCGACGAGGCCGACCCCCUCGGCGGCAACUACGGGGACGUGCCGCUGGUGGAGCUGCAGUCGAAGGCGCCGGCGGACGUGGCCGAGUGGACGCGCGUGGAGGCGCUCGGCGGCGCGCUGGAGAACCGGACGGUGCUGAUCCGAGGGAGGGCGCAGGCGAUUCGGCCGGUGGGGAAGAAGAUGGCGUUCUUGGUGAUAAGAGAGAACGGCUUCACGGUGCAGUGCUUGGUGCAGGCGCAGCCUGAUACGGUGAGCCCGCAGAUGGUGAAGUUCGCCGCCGCGCUCAGCCGCGAGUCAAUCGUCGACGUCGAAGGCGUCGUUUCGAUCCCCGCCGCUCCUAUCAAAGGCGCCACGCAGCAGGUGGAAAUUCAAGUGAGGAAGUUGUACUGUAUCAGUAGGGCUGUACCUACUCUGCCAAUAAAUCUUGAGGAUGCUGCUCGGAGUGAGAUUGAAAUUGAGAAGGCUCUUCAGGCUGGUGAGCAACUUGUUCGGGUUAAUCAGGAUACGCGUUUGAACUUUAGAGUGCUUGACGUUCGAACGCCAGCUAAUCAAGGAAUUUUCCGCAUUCAGUCUCAUGUUGCAAAUGCGUUCAGACAAUUCUUAUUAUCUGAAAGUUUUGUUGAAAUCCACACUCCUAAGUUGAUUGCUGGAUCGAGUGAGGGUGGAGCUGCUGUUUUUAGACUGGACUACAAAGGUCAACCUGCAUGCCUGGCCCAGUCACCUCAGCUUCACAAGCAGAUGUCAAUAUGUGGAGAUUUUGGGCGUGUUUUUGAGAUUGGUCCUGUGUUUAGAGCAGAAGAUUCCUACACUCACAGGCAUCUGUGUGAGUUUACAGGUCUUGAUGUUGAAAUGGAGAUUAAGAAGCAUUAUUUUGAGGUUAUGGAUAUAGUUGAUAGAUUAUUUGUCGCAAUGUUUGACAGUUUGAACCAGCAUUGUAAGAAGGAUCUGGAAGCUGUGGGGUCUCAAUACCCAUUUGAACCUUUAAAGUAUCUGAGGAAUACAUUGCGGCUUACAUAUGAAGAAGGGAUUCAGAUGCUCAAGGAUGUUGGAAUUGAAAUUGAACCUUUUGGUGACUUGAAUACUGAAGCGGAAAGGAAAUUGGGCCAGCUUGUUUUAGAGAAGUAUGGCACGGAGUUCUACAUCCUUCAUCGUUAUCCUUUGGCUGUAAGGCCAUUUUAUACAAUGCCUUGCUAUGACAAUCCAGCAUACAGCAACUCGUUUGAUGUCUUUAUUAGAGGCGAGGAGAUAAUUUCAGGAGCUCAGCGUGUUCAUGUGCCAGAAUUUUUGGAACAACGUGCAGCAGCUUGCGGCAUUGAUGUCAAGACAAUAUCUACAUACAUUGAUUCUUUUAGAUAUGGUGCACCGCCACAUGGUGGCUUUGGAGUAGGCUUGGAGCGUGUUGUAAUGCUCUUCUGCGGUCUGAAUAACAUUCGCAAGACAUCACUUUUUCCUCGUGACCCACUUAGGAUUGCUCCUUGAUAAAAGAAUAUCCCAGCAGUUAGUUGCUCAAAUAUCGAGUCUUUUCAACUUUAAUACAUGGCAAAAGAUGUUUUUCUGUUCAAUCCAGAAAACGUUAUUUAAUUUCGCCUUGGAGCUGAUAUUUAAAUUCACCAUUAUAAAAUGUUUUGACUUGAUGUAAUUGCCAUUUGGUAUUGAAUUGACCCACUUUUAGAAGGUCCGUCUUUCUCUUCUAAUCAGAAUCCAGGUGAAUGCAAUAAUGCUAAAAAUUAGACAAGGUA